ACAAGUAAUGCAGCAAACAAAAACAGUACCAAAGGAAAGAAAGUUCACAUUUUUAUUUUCUACUCUUUGGCAUUCUUCUUUUUGGAUAAUAUAAAUAUAUAUAUAUCUAUAUGCUUUGUAGUUGAGAGAGAGAGAGGGAGAGAGAGAGAGAGAGAGAGAGACAUGGGAGUCUAUGUAUAUGUUUCCUCGUGAUCAGUUCACAGUCUACGUGAAAUCCCAGACGGAUGCCUUCUUGUUUUGUUCUAUUAAUCCCACUUAUUAUUAGUAUGAAAUAAGUCACAUUUCUUGUUGGGUUUUUACUUGUUACAGAGAGAAACAAAGAAACUGAGGUUUUAAGAAGGCAAAGAUGAGAGCUUUUUCUCUCAAAUUCUGGUGAUUUUGAAUGUGGAGGUUUCUGGGUUUAUCCUCAAAUGAUGUUUUUGUUUUCCUCCUAAUUCUGUCUCCAUCAGAAGAUUCCCAGCUGAAUUUAGCUUUUUCAAGCGAUAUGUUCAGGAUUUGAUUGGUCCCCUUGAAUGAUAAGAGAGAGAUGAAAUAAAAGGAUGUCACAGAAAAUAGAGAGAAGAUGGAGAAGGAAAUAUCUUUGUAAAGGUUUCCUUUUGAUAAUUCCUUGAACGUUUUCUUCCCUCUUGUUGGAAACAAGUAAAACGUUGGAGGUAGCAUGUGAUAUUUAUUCAAUCUUUAGGAUCCUAAGCUUUAAUAUGAAAAAUAAAACUUUAGCGGGCCAAAAUAGUGUUAAAUGAUUGGUAAUUUUCUAUUCCAUUUCAUUGACACUGCAACAUAAGUUACUUAUAUUUUGAUUGAAUUAUACAUAUACUUGCGAAAAAUAAGAAAAAAAAAAUAUUGGACUACAAAGAAUGAGAAAUUAGCACAUUCAGAUACCUUUCAGUUGAUUCUUUUCGGGGAGGAUGUUUGCAGCAUUUGGAACUGAGAUGAAUGUUAUGUUGGGCAAACUUGUAUGAACAUCUUUAUGGGCGUCUGAUUUGAAUUUUAGCAUUCAGAUCAGACAAGCUCCUAUGAUUUUAUCAGUGAUGAAAGGAAGCCAAUUGAUGUUAACAGUUUCAUGCUUUGGGCUGAUACAUUGCUUCGGCAUGGAAACUAACAGUUGAUUCUCAAGUUGCAAAAGAAUUUAGGAAGGUUCUUAAGCUGGCCAAGCAUAUAGCACUUGAUCCAAUGGGGAAAGAUUUGUGACCAGAAUGGAUCCUCAGGCUUUUAUCAGGUUGUCAAUAGGCUCCCUUGGGCUGAGGAUUCCUGAAACCGAACUAAAUUCCUCAAAAUCAGGAAUCCAUGCAUUUUCUUCUCCAUGUUCAUGUGAGAUACGGCUUCGAGGUUUCCCAGUGCAAACAACAUCCGUCCCUUUAGUAUCUUCAGCUGAAGCAAUACCGGAUAUUCACAGCAUUGCCUCAAGCUUUUAUCUCGAGGAAUCUGACCUGAAAGCAUUAUUGGAACCUGGUUGUUUCUAUACUCAUCAAGCAUGUCUUGAGAUUGUUGUUUUCACAGGGAGGAAGGGAUCCCAUUGUGGUGUUGGCGUCAAAAGACAGCAAAUAGGAACAUUUAAGCUGGAGGUGGGUCCUGAAUGGGGUGAAAAGAAGUCGGCAAUUCUUUUCAGUGGCUGGAUAAGCAUUGGAAAAAACAAGCAAGAGAGCAGAAAACCAGGAGCUGAGCUUCAUUUGAGAGUAAAACUGGAUCCAGAUCCAAGAUACGUUUUCCAGUUUGAAGAUGUAACUACUUCGAGUCCUCAGAUAGUUCAACUUCAAGGUUCCAUCAAGCAGCCCAUAUUCAGUUGCAAGUUCAGUCGAGACAGGGUGCCUCAGGUGGAUCCAUUGAGCACCUAUUGGUCAACAUCUGUUGAUGGCAUUGACCUGGAAACAGAACGAAGAGAACGGAAGGGAUGGAAGGUGAAGAUACAUGAUCUCUCUGGCUCAGCUGUUGCGGCAGCCUUCAUAACAACUCCGUUUGUGCCAUCAACAGGUUGUGAUUGGGUUGCUAAGUCCAACCCAGGAGCUUGGUUGAUUGUUCGCCCUGAUGUUUGCAGACCUGAGAGCUGGCAGCCAUGGGGAAAGCUUGAGGCAUGGCGUGAGCGUGGUGUCAGAGAUUCCAUUUGCUGCAGAUUUCACCUUAUGUCUGAAAGCCAGGAGGGGGGUGAGGUUCUCAUGUCGGAGAUCCUCAUCAGCGCCGAAAGGGGAGGGGAGUUUUUCAUAGACACUGACAGGCAGUUGCGCGCAGCAGCAACUCCAAUACCAAGUCCACAAAGCAGUGGAGACUUUUCAGGGUUGGGAUCAACAGGUGGAUUUGUGAUGAGCUGUAGAGUGCAAGGAGAAGGGAAGCAUAGCAAACCAUUGGUUCAAUUGGCAAUGAGACAUGUGACGUGUGUGGAGGAUGCUGCAAUCUUUAUGGCACUUGCAGCAGCAGUUGAUCUUAGCAUUGUGGCAUGCAGGCCUUUUCGUAGGAGGCUUAGAAGAGGGUCUCGCCAUUCUUUAUGAAAAAGGAAGACAACUGAGUUUGUUAAUUUUCGUGAAAGAGGAUGGCCUUAUUUUACCUUCUGACCGCUGUAACAUUAGGCAUUGUGUACAUGAUCUCCCGUGAGCGGGUCAUAAGGUAUCAAUACAAUACAGCCCACAUAACACCUUCUUAUCAA